CGCUCGCACACGCUCGAUCCUGAUGGGGACGUGGUGCUUGUCCUCGAAAAUGCGAAUCCAGCUUUUGCCCUGUGGGAUCAAUGCACCACCGCCGGGCUUCAGGAACUUAACCUGUGCCCAGUUUCUACGGUCUCAUGUGUUGAAUUCAUCGUAUCGUCCCGACAUCUCACGUUCUCAUCACACUACUUCAAGGCCCAACUCUGCGGUCCAUGGGCGGAGGCAUCGGUGCACUCCCAGGAUGGCCGUCGUCAUACCCAAAUACGGGACUGGGACGCUGACGCUCUCCUCAUUUUGUUGCAGAUUUUCCAUGCCAAAACGGGAGACACUCCCCGUCUUAUUGACCUGGAACUGCUGGCCAAGAUCGCAGUCCUAGUUGACUACCUCAGCUGUUACAAUACUGUUAGAUUCUUCUCGACUCUGUGGAUCGACGCCCUCAAAGAACAACUGCCGUCGCAGUGCAACCGCGAGCUGCUUCUAUGGUUGUUCGUGGCCGUGGUCUUUCGUCGAGACGACAUCUUCCAGACCAUCACCAAGACAGCCGUCACAGAGAGCAAAGGGCCUCUCCCGACUCUUGGACUACCUUUCCGAGUAGACUUGAUCGGUUUGUGUUCCUGCCGCACUGUGUACAUACCCCUUCUGAUUGUGGCAGAUCAAAUCGACUUCCGAAGGCAGGAUGCCAUAGCAGGUAUCCUCGGAACACUGGAAACACUGGGCACAUCUCUACUUCGCGGCCUCACCGGCUGCGACUUUGGCUGUUCUUCCGCCCUCUUUGGUGCACUGGCAAAGGAGAUGGCUAAACACAACCUAAUGGACCCUGAACCGUGUGCACCAUUCUUAGGCUAUAGUAUCACCGCGCUUGAGAAAGCGACCAAGGAUUUUCAAACUCCUCGGUGG